AGUAGGUUUGUCCCAGCAGCUUCCCGUCCGUGCGAUGACGUCACAGAGGUCAUGUGAUCGGGCCAGACCGGAGCCAUCGGGGCAGCCCAGGAAGCUGGCGGAGGAGGGAGACCCGGGACAGGAAGCCGAUCACCUGAUAUGACUGUGACUGGCCGGCGCCCGUGACCGUGUACCCCGUGUGUCCGAUUCUCAAAAGGAUCCCCUAAGUGGUCCCUCAACCUCUUUGCUUUGCGGACUGUUGUACACAAUUUCAUAAGACUUAUCUGUACAAACUUUAAAUAUGGCUAAUCGAGGAGGAGCCACAAGACCCAAUGGACCUAAUGCCGGAAAUAAAAUCUGUCAGUUCAAGCUCGUCCUACUAGGAGAAUCUGCAGUUGGAAAGUCUAGCCUAGUGUUGCGCUUCGUAAAAGGACAGUUCCAUGAAUUCCAAGAAAGCACAAUUGGAGCGGCAUUUCUUACCCAGACUGUCUGCCUUGAUGAUACAACAGUAAAGUUUGAAAUCUGGGACACAGCUGGUCAAGAACGAUACCACAGCCUAGCUCCAAUGUACUACAGAGGAGCACAAGCUGCAAUAGUUGUAUACGACAUCACAAAUGAGGAAUCAUUUGCAAGAGCGAAGAACUGGGUGAAAGAACUUCAGAGACAAGCAAGUCCCAAUAUUGUGAUAGCUUUGUCUGGUAACAAAGCCGAUCUUGCUUCCAAGCGGGCUGUGGACUUUCAGGAGGCCCAAGCUUAUGCAGACGAUAACAGCUUGUUGUUUAUGGAGACUUCUGCCAAGACGUCAGCAAAUGUGAAUGAAAUAUUUAUGGCAAUAGCUAAAAAGCUCCCCAAAACGGAACCACAGACAAGCGGUGGCAACACGGCUAGAGGAAGAGGAGUAGACCUUACUGAAACUGCACAGCCUAGCAAAAGUCAAUGCUGCAGUAACUAAGCCUUCAUGUACAUCUAAACUGUAUUGAUAUUCUCUUGCUUCCUAAUUGUUAAAAUAACAAUUGAGUGUUUAACCCUUUUUCAGCCUCGGUGCCGACCCUCCAGCGCAGUGUGCUGCAAGUCCCCUUGGUAUUAAUAACAUUAACAUGGCCCAGUGAGUCUUUAAUCGUACAGAGACUCGCAGUGUGGUCUCACUCUUAAUACUGAGUUCUUUAAGUGCUGAAUCUGGUUUUUAACAUGCAUGCAUUAAUUUCUAAGAGCAGUGAAACAGUCUUUGUGUAGUAAAUACACUCUUAAUAUUGAAACUGAAAUUAAAGGCAAAAAAA